AUGUAUGGGCAAGAAGCUGUGGUGCCGGUGGAGUUUAUGGUGCCGAGUCUUUGGAUUGCCAUUGAGAAUUGGCUGGGUGACAUGGAAAGCCUAAGGGAGAGGCUGUACGCCUUGAACAAGUUGGACGAACGGGGAAUGAUGGCACAAUGGGCCACAAAGGUGGCCCAACAAAGACGGAAGGUUUGGCACGACAAGCAUCUUAGGCGAAUGAGAUUUACUCUAGGGCAAUUAGUGUUGACAUUCAAUGAGUGGAACGAAAUCAAACCUGGUAAAUUUAAAGUACGAUGGCUAGGUCCCUUCAAGGUGCACGAGGUCAGUGCAAACGGAGCAAUUAAAUUGUGGACGCUCGAUGGGAAGGAGGUGCUGGACGCCGUAAAUGGGUUGAAACUAAAAUUGUAUCACGAGAGGCAUUCGAAGGACCCCACCGGAUGA